AUGGCCGCCUCUCCCGCCGUCGAAGCCGUCAAUGGCUUCAUCAACCCCCCGACCGACGCCGAAACUCUAGAUCUCUUCGUCCCAUCCACCCCAACAUCCGUCGAGAUCGACGAACACAUUCGAAACCAUCCCCUCGCGCAGAAGCUUCGCACGCAGGAGAACAUGGUGGAGAGCCGACCGCAUUUGAAGAUCCCGCCUGCGAUGCGGCCACAUAAUUUGACGGGGGGUACGUUGUUGGGGGAGAACAAGAUCGAAGUGCCGCCUCUUACGUUCAGCGAGAAGGAUGUGGAGCUGCCGACUCUGGUGCAGUUCUCGUUCUUAGGUCCCGCGCUUUGUGGACACCCGGGGAUUGUGCACGGAGGUCUCCUGGCGACGAUGCUGGAUGAAGGGCUGGCGCGUGCUUGUUUCCCAGCUCUGCCGAACAAGGUCGGUGUUACUGCGAGCUUGAAGAUUGACUACCGCGUGCCGUGUCCUGAGAACAGCUAUGUUGUCCUUAAAGCUGAGACGACCAAAGUGGAAGGCCGCAAGGCUUGGGUGAAGGGGUGGAUUGAGCUGCUGGGGGAUGAAGAUGGAAAUGGGACCAGGCUCGUCGAGGCGGAAGCUUUGUUCAUUGAGCCCAGGAACGCAAAGGCUAUGGCUCUUGUGUAUAGCGCGACGUAG